CAGCUGUUAUCACAAUAAAACAAUUGCUUUGUUGUUAUUUGCGUGUUCGAUUUAAUUGAAUUGAACAAACUUCUUUCUAUUUAAAGGCAUUAGAAUUUAAAAAUAUAAAAUCAAAAUGCAUUGCUUAAGUAUUUCAGCAAUAAUUGUAUAUCUCUUAACUGAUAUUUCGAGCACAGCGGCGGAAAAUAUCUGCCAAAAAUAUUUACGGGAAUUAGCUCAAAAACAGAGUGAGUUCGUACGGUGCUCCACAAUGAAUUCGGUGCCAGUGAGUCUUUGUGUUGGUUGUGAAGAGCCAUUUACUGAAAUGCAUGUGGCGUACAUGACCUUACGUGAGGAGCAGAAUUGUACGGAUACAUUUUUCGAUAAAGAUCGUAUAAAUAUUGUUUCAACAACACAAUCAAUACUCGUCGGCUUAUGGACAAAAGCGUACUGUGAUGAUUGCUUUACCAGUAAUAAUUCAUAUGUAUUCGAUUUGAAGAGGACGGCAUUUGAUGAUUGUAUCACAAAGAACAAAACUAAGGAAUGUAAAUCGUGCUUAACGCAAUACCUCGAUUUAAAUGGAUUUUAUCUUAGUUUGAGUAAAAAUAAUGGGCGAGUUUGUUAUGAUAUGCAGGAUUCGAUGAAUCGUACAAGAGAACAGUGGUCGAAGGAUUUAGGUUGCUGCCGUCGUGAGUUUGAUAUUUUAUUAUUUUCCGUUGUCAGCUGUAUCAUUGGCGUAUUACCAAUAUUAUUUUAUGGCACGCUGUACGUGUUAACAAAGCGACAGGAGCGAAAUCGUCCGCUAAUUGAAGACACUAAUCGAAAUGCAGCUUCAACUUCUAAUAAUGCAAGCAAUCUCGACGCUAAUUUAACGACAACGUGAACAGAAGCUACCUGACCUGACGUACCUACUCAAUUUGUCAAAAACGAAGGAGUAGUAUAUAGGGGAGGCUAUUGUUAUAGAUGCGAAUAUACAUAAUAUAAACAUAUAAAUUUAAUAUGUUACUAUUAUUUCUAUAGUAUAGGAUACUAAAACAUGUAUAUUAUACAUUAACAUACAUAUGUACAAAUAUUUUUUUAAAUAAAUCAGGUACAUUUUACAAAUACCUUA